UUCAUGGAUUCUGUGUGGGCAAUUCUGGUCACAUUACGAAUUGAAAAAGCAAAAAUUGAGAUAGGAUUCACAAAAACCAAUUAUUUGAAUAAUUAUUCGAUGCCAUACUCGCAUUCGUUACUCGCAGCCAUAACAUGGAGUAUAACACUUGCGAUAUGGUAUAGGUGGUUCUACGGAGGUGGAAAUAAGGCAGCCCUUUUAGUUGGGCUUGUUGUCUUUUCACAUUGGAUUGAAGAUCUUAUAGUCCAUAAGAAAGAUCUUUUACUAUUAACUUUCGAUGAUACGAAAAAGAAAUAUGGUUAUGGCCUGUGGGAUCAUUUCUACACCGCACUCUUUCUGGAACUUUCUUUUUUCAUUAGUGGAAAAAGCACCGAUUGUUGUUCUUUGCGUUAUGAUAUUGGAUCAUCUACUGAGUGUACUCCACUCAGACGGUGCGAAUAUGUUGCGGCUUACAGUGCUGUUCAUGACUUUAAUGUGGCUGCAGAUUUAUUGCAAAAGAACGCGCCAAAACAUAAAAAAGUGACAAGAAAGUUUGUGAUUGACGCAUCAGCUCCCGCACAGGAUAAAAUUUUUGAUGCACAAGCAUUCGAAAAAUUCUUGCGUGAUAACAUAAAAGUCAACGGUCGUACUGGACAACUUGGUGACGCUGUCACAAUCAACAGAGACGCAGCUGAUCAUAAAUUAACUGUGACGACAAACACCCAGCAGUUCGCGAAACGUUAUUUAAAGUAUCUGACGAAAAAGUUUAUGAAAAAGAAUUCAAUUCGAGAUUGGCUUCGUGUAGUUGCUGUUGAUCGAACAACUUAUCAGAUAAGAUACUUUAAUAUUAGCAAUCAGGAAGAAGAUGAUGACGAAGAAUGA